AUGGCGGCUGUGCGGGCUGCCAAAUUACGCUCUGGCAGUCGUCAGCAAAGAAACAUAUGGCUGCGGAGUUAUUUCAACCAUGCAAACACGAUUCGCGAGGGAUUUUGGGAGAAUCCAGUCGAAGCCUCCGCUCUCUGGGCCCUUUCAUAUAACGUGGAAUAUUGCAUGAGAGACUACGUUAAUGUUUCGCGGCACGAAUUGGACAUCGCCAAAGCGCAAUUCGACCGCCGCGGCCGCAAGUUCCCGGCACAUCGUGCCGGAAAGGCCAGUACGACAGGCAACACUACCCGAAAAGAGUACAAAGUAUCGGAAACCGAGAAAGGCCGCUUACAGCGGGCGUUUUUCAGGCUCGAAAUUUACCUUCAGUGUUUCCCGUCCAUCAGUGCGGAGUCGGAGACGGAAAAAGACGUCCAGAUUCACGAUUUCUUCGGCAAACUGCGGCUUUGGGAAAUACAAGAGAUCAGAUGUUUAUACUAUCACUUCAAGACUCGGCUGAUUGAAUACCUGGAUAGGUUAGAAAAUCAGCUGGUAGACACGGCUGUGGCAGCAAUGUCAUACGCGGAUGGUCGGGCUUGUAAGCAAAGUCGUUGUAACGAAUGUCGGAUCCAGCAUGCACAAGAGGGUCGAGGUUGUCCAUUCCGUGGGCCACUAUCCAUGUAUUACGGUGAAUCCAGAACAGCUCACGUAACUUCCUUGUUUGCGGCUAUCGCAUCAGAGGGAUUGGCCAGUCUGACUCGGUUUUUGGGCAUGUCCGACGAUUCGAGACGGCGAGAGUUCGUACAGAGGUCGUCGUACCACAACUCGGGCAAUCAUUUCGAUGAUGUAAUUCUUUCAGCUGCGAUCGAAUCACCAGAGCGCGGGAUUUUGGGAAAUACAUCGAGUGAUAUGGAGAAAGAAUACGCCCCAAGUGCCCGUUCUAAGUGGAGCAAUGGUUACGAGAAUUGGGACUCGCCGUCUGCUAGAGGAGAGGGAGUUGGGUAUCUCACAUGGAGGAUUCAUCAAAGGGAAACAUUGGGAUACAUUUUUUGGGACGCACGUCGCUUAAAGCCAAGGAAUAUCUCUGCAGCAAUCGAGGAGGCACUUAAUCGACGCGUGCAAAGCCACGUUGUUGAUCGCGACAACGAGCAAUGCGCUGUAGCUCGAUUAUUCCAUCUUCAAAUUUCUCAAGAGGUUAUGCAAUACUUUAUUCGAAUCUAUGGGACUCAGUUGUAUUCGCCUCAUGAGGAGGAACCUAAAAGACGACAAGGCUUCACACCUCCUGGUAGCACAUCAAAGAGACCGAGGUUGGAGGAGCGGCGCUGA